AUGAUUAAAAAGCCUCAAAUUUAAAAGCUAUCGAUUCAAACAACAAAUAAUCAUGAAGAUUUUUCUGAAAAUAUAAUAUUACAUAAAAGAGUAAUAGAAGAUUAAAAUGAUAAUACUUAAAGUACAUAGAAAUAGAUUUAUAUUGAAUUUAGAGUUUCUAUAUGCAUUCGAGAAACCAAUAAUCAAUCUAAAAAUUAACACAAAUAGUCGUUAACACUCUGGAAGACUUUCAGCUUUUGAUUUUUUUAGUGUAAAUAGCAAUAAAGCUAAUUAAAAAAAAGCAUUCUCAAUUGCACUUAACUAUUUUAAAAAUGAAGAGAGGAAGCCUAUAAUAAUGAGAAAACCUGAGAAUCUAUAUGGAUUUUCAAAGGUCUCAUCAAGAUUAAAAUGA